AUGUCUACCGUAGGUUAUUUAGCAACCAAUUCUAAUAGAAUUUAUAAAACUGAAGUAACAGCAGAAAUUGAUUUUUUCGAAAGUGUUCUUUUGGAUGAUUCACAAAAUAAAUUGUUUAGAAAGGCAUCAGCAUAUUUAAAUAAGGGUAACAUUAACCAUCAUUUUAAUGAAAGAAAGCAAACAUUGGUUAAUUAUGCUUCAUCGAUAAACAGAUUCGAGGUGAUUGCCCAAAUCAUGGUGUUUAGUCCAGAUUUGAACAUUGGAGACUCUGAUGGAUUAACACCUCUUCAUUAUAGUGUCAUCCAUAACAAUUACGAUCUUGUACUAUUGUUUUUAAAGAAUGGGGCUGAUCCAAAUACUUCAUCGAGCCAAUUCUCAACACCGUUGUCCUUUUCAAUUAGAUACAAGUUUCAUGAUAUCACUAAUUUGUUGUUGCAAAGCGACUACCAUGCAGAAGAAAAAGAGAAGAUUAGAAGAUUAAGAGAGGAAAGAGAGAAUCUAACUGACCAAGAGGCACUAUCAAGACUUGAUUUAAAGUAUGCCAGAAUGUGCGCAGGUAUCACCAGAAAGGAAACACUAGAUGAGAUAUACAAAAAAAAGGAAGAAGAACGUAAGAUUAUAAGCGUUAAGGGCUACAAUGUUUACUUUGCUCCUACCGUAAGAACUGAUGUCAAUUUUCAAGAUCGUCUUGGCAUGACACCAUUAAUGUGGGCCACAAUCAGAAAAAACGAAAGAUUAGUUCAAUAUUUGGUUACUGGAGGUGUUGACAUUCUACUCAAAGAUGUUUUCAACAGAGAUUCUUUGUUCUUUUCCACUAUUUACAGUGACGAUAGAAUCUUUUUUUUACUCGAUAGAUCAGCCAAAUUUCAUGCCGACUAUAGAAAGCAACUAUUAAACCCCCAUGGUUUUGAAUUAAAUAAAUUUAUUAAAUACUACCAUGAUGAUAUUUUGAAAGGCCUUGAAGAAAUCGAAAAGAAUGAAGCAGCAGGUUUUGAACUAAGCAAUGGUGAUGAAAGUUCAAAGGGAUCAGAUAAUAAAAAUAACAAUGAUAUAAAGAAACCAACUCCUAUGGACUUGUAUAGAGCUGCACCAAAAUUUAUACUUAAAUUAAUUAAGAACCAUAAAAUUUCUGAAUCAACUCAUAAAAUUCCAGUUCUUAAAGAUAAAUGUGCAAUUUGUCAAGUUAAACCAAUUAUUGUUUCAUUUAGCCCAUGUGGAUGUUCUAAUGUCUGUUUUCAAUGUUCAGAAGGCAUUCGUUUUUGCCCAACAUGCGGUGGAGAAGUCGAUGCAACAUUAAUAAGUAGUGGUAGUCUUAAUUUUUUUAAUAAUCAAAAUAAGGGUAUUAUUGAACAUAAUAAUAGAGUUAAUAGUAUAAAUAGCUUUAAUAAUAAUAAUAAUAUUAAUAAUAAUAAUAAUAAUAUUAAAAAUGAAAAAAAUGAAAAAAAUAAUGUCAACUAUAAUCAUAUGAAUAAUCAAAUGAAUAAUAAUAAUAGUUAUAAUAACAAUAGUAAUAAUAAUAAUAAUAAUAAUAAUAACAACAACUAUAAUAACAAUAACAAUAACAAUAACAAUAACAAUAACAAUAACAAUAACAAUAACAAUAACAACAAUAAUAAUAAUAGAAAUAACAAUCCAAAUAGUAGCGAUGGUGAUAGUGAAGAAGAUGAUAAUAAUAACGAUGAUAGCAAUAAUUAUAAUAAUACAAAUAGUAGUAUUAAUAGUAAUGAUUUUAAUAAUUAUACCAGAAACAUGUUAAAAUUAAAAAGUAGUGGCAACUAUAACAAUAACAAUAACAAUAACAAUAACAAUAACAAUAACAAUAACAAUAAUAAUAAUAACAAUAACAAUAAGAUUAGACACAAUAAUAACUAUCAUAAUAAUUAUAAUAGUAAUAAUGGUAAUAAUAAUAAUUUCAAAUUAGUUGUCAGAGAUAAUAAACUUGUUGUAACCACAGAAAUAGAUGAUAAUGAUAAUGAUAAUAAUAGUAGUAGUAAUAAUGAUAAAACUAGGAACAGUUAUGAUGAUUUUGUUAGCGAUAGUGGCACUAACUUUUUUGGUACUACUCAAAGCACUGAAUAUAAUAGUAACUACAAUAAUAGUAACAGUAUCAAUCUCAGUAAUCAAAUCAAUACCUUUGACGAGUUUUUAGAAGGAAAUUUAUUAAAUAGUAACAGUAACAGUAAUAAUAGUAACAGUAAUAGUAACAAUAACGAUAAUAGUAACGAUAAUAGUAGUAAUAGUUAUAAUGGACUCAAAUUGGGUAAUACUAAAAAUGCAUAUGGAAAUUUAAUGAAUUUCACAAAUUAUCAAGAAAAUCUUAGAAAUGGUAUUCAAGAUGAAAAUAUGGAGGUUUUAAUUCAAAAUCUAAUCAAUACUCAAAAAAAUUAUUUAAAUUAUAUUGAUAUUAAAAAUAAUAACAACAAUAAAAAUAAUAAAAACAACUUUAACAACUAUAAC